AUGGAACAAGUGGUCGCGCUCGUUUACAACAACGGCCCGGAACAGCAGCAGCAGCAGCAACAGCAACAGUCGCCGAGUCCCGUUGUUCCGCCGCCGCAGCAGCAACAGCAGCCGAGGACGGCGGAAGACGAAGACGGCGAGGACCGCAGCGGCGCCGCGUUCUUCUGUAAUACCGAGUACAGUUUUAUCCAUUACAACUAUCAAACAAAUAGUUAUGUGCAAUAUGACGUCAAACCACAAAAUGAUAUUACAUUACAAGAAGGGUUUCAGGACGAUUUAUCUCAAAGUUCAUUCAGCAACGACACUCCGCCGGACCAGUCGGAUACUAAAAGACAUUAUUGUGAAUUCACUGGGUGCAAAAGAACGUACAGCACCGUGGGAAAUCUCCGUACUCAUAUGAAGACACAUAAAGGUGAAUACCGGUUCAAGUGUAACAUAAUUGACUGCGGUAAACCGUUUUUGACGUCAUAUAGUUUGAAGAUCCAUGAACGUGUGCAUACAAAACAAAAACCAUUUGUUUGCACCAAGGAGGAAUGUCAAAAAGCCUUUAACACCGUUUACAGGCUACGAGCUCAUCAACGCUUGCACACUGGUGACACUUUCGACUGUAUACAAGCAGGCUGCGGCAAGUGUUUUACAACUUUUAGUGAUCUAAAAAAGCAUUAUAGAACGCACACCCAAGAACGACCGUACAAAUGCGCAGAAGAAGGAUGUGGUCGAGCGUUUACGGCGAGCCAUCAUCUGAAAACGCACAAGCGGACACAUUCAGCCGACAAACUGUACACGUGUGACCGACCGAAUUGCAACAAGUCGUUCCCGGGAAAGGCCAGUCUUAAAACACAUCAGCGGAGUCAUGAUAUUUGGGACGAGUCCGAGACCCUGUCAGAUUUCGCCGAUGACUUGCUACAGCAUUUCGACAGCGAAACCAACAGCACAACUUCCGAAUUCUUAAAAUACCAAAGCCAACUAGUCAUACCGCUGUCGAAGGCCAACAUCGAAGCCUUAAAGCGAUGCGAAACGGCCGAAGUGGAGGUGGAUGCAUACCUUUCAGGCAUCGCGAUACGGACAUUCACGGGGGCGGGCCCGGAUUCAAGCACGGCUACCGUGCAAAAGAUGAUCCUGGCCGAGCCGGACGACGACAUGCCGGUCAAGCUGUCGGUUGAGUGCAACGUUGACGUGCAGAAAGUCGGCCAGGACGCCAACGGCACGAUCAGCUUGUGCGUGAUGGACAACGGCGAGUUGAUGUCCAGCCUGCUGAUGAUGCCGGUGAUCAACGGCGCCAGUUAUGAGACGGUGACGGAGGACGACUCGAGCCAGCCGCCGCCUAUGUCGAUAGCCACAGAGACGGUGCAGGAACUGCAGUUCGUCGACGAGCCCGUCCGGCAGACAGUGACGGCCGUCGAGCAGUCGGACGCCGAGUCGGCGGGGGCGGCAGCCGUGGAACUCAUACCGUUCGACGACAUCCUGGUGUCCAAACCGGACACGGAUUUCGCGGUGUGCGAACCGCACCACGUGGUCACCACCGACGAACCGCUGCAAGUGGCAGAAGAGUUCAGCGUCGAAGAGCUCAUACUCAGCCUGGCCGACGACGGAGAUCACUGUCUCGACAGUUCGGUCGCUUCGCUCAUGGUGAGCCCGCAGCUGGAAGUGUUCGAACCCACAUUUCCUGUACCGGCUCCCAGCCUCCCGCUUCAACAGCAGGUGAUAGAACCAACUUUUUCGCCGGACGGUAACUGUACCAGUUCCGCAGACGACGCUGCCGCCGCCGCCGCGACAGUCGCCGGUCACCCGACCGCGUCUUGUUCGCUGACCGUGGCCUGCAACACCCGCAAACAGCUCAGGAAGGUGCUCGAACACAGGCGGCCCGCGAGCAUAUCGCACUGA